CAGUGUCUCAGCUUGUCAAUCAGUGGUCAAGAGCUGGUCAAGUAGAAAAGUCUUAAAAGCCAGUUUGGCUGGGCUAUUGAAUGACCAGAAAAAGAACUCCAAGCAAAUUCCUUAUGUCUAUUGGCUUGCUGGUUCGCUGGUUCAGCUCUGGUUCGAUGUGCCGGGGUCAUCGCAGAUGGCAAUGGUUCAUUGUCCACUUUUCUAAGAAACAACGGCAACACGUAUGCCAACCUUUGGGUCUUCGCCUCUCUUCUCUUCAGUGUGGAUCAGCUGAGCGAGGACUCAGUCAUCGCACGGCUUCUCACAUCUUCUUAGAGUCUUCCAUCUGGACCAGCCACAGCCUUGCUUCGAAAGAGGUGCUACGAGAUACCCAUUUGGUUCCUAUUCGAUUGACUUGUAUUCAUCUACAUCUACAUCUACAUCUACCUUAUCAAAAAGAUGCGCCGCUGGUCCAGUGCAAAAUCGAGUGGAGGUUUUUCUUCUGGUUCUGCUCGUGUUGUCAAUGCUGAUCAGGGCAACGAGGAACUAGACGGCAGUGAGCUGUCUCCAGAUGAGUUGCUCGAAAUAGUCGCCAUUCGAGUAUCUGACGCUUCACAGUACUCUGCAUGUACUAGCGCUGUCUUUGGCAUCAAUGAGAAAGACCUGCAAGUGCAAAACAAAAUCGAAAAACAAGCAGCCACCACCACGAACCUUGGCAAUGACGAGGUCCAGGAAGGUCCCUCGAGAUCCAAAAGCGACAAAGCCAAAGUGCCCCCGUCAUUCGGUGCUACGACUACGACGACUAAGAAGAAGGACGACCUGAAGCUAGCUUUGACAGGAGGCCAGCAGGGGUCAGCAGACGCCUCAGUAGUGCUGCGCCCAGGAUCGCCAGGUCUGCCCCAGCCAACGUUGCAACGAGAGCAACCGCGACAGCUGCACCCAUGUCCAGGUGCAUACAUGGAGAGACCGGGAGGCAACGUGGAAAGGGCUGAUGCUCUCCGAAUAUCGCUUGUGCGUCCCGAGGAUCAUCAAGCCAUGGAUACCAUCCCUCAAAUUGUGUCUGUUGCCGCGGAUAGUAUCCCUCAAGCUGUGCCUGUUGCGGCCGAGCUUGCACAAGACGAGGAAGCCACGGCCAUGAAACUGAAGGAACUCGAAGCCAAAACAAUCGAACUGGCGGCCAAGACGGAAGAAAUCGAACGUCUCAAGCGAGACUUGCAGAAUCUUCAGGACAAAAUACAUGUAGCAGAGGUUGCCCCGGUGACUGCGGUCCCUGCUAUAAGGGUCAACUCACGGGGUCGUUGCGACGUAACCAAUGAAGUGGAAGCCUUUGUCCUGGAUCCAACCCAAGAAGCCCUGGUUGUCACUACUACGAGAUCUUCAGCUCCUGCUAUUACUACCACCAAUUCCCAUCAAGUGACGGCCAACAAGUUGCGAUUUGCAUCCCUUGGCUUGAUUGGUCGAAGUCAAGAGGAGCAAACACUGGCAGCCUGCCUCCAUCGGGCCACACAGACCAAGACGCGAGAACUGGUGCUCAUCAGUGGCAACUCGGGAGUGGGGAAAACAGCCCUGGCCAUGACAUUGCAGGCAAAAACAUGCAAGGAAAAGGGGCUGUUCAUUUCGGGAAAGUUUGAUUUCUGUCUUCGCGAUGAUCCCUACACCGGUGUCGCAUCAGCCUGUCGUGACCUAUGUUCUGACUUGUCUUUGAUUGACGAGUUUUGUGAUGAGAUUGUAGAGGAACUUGGGUCUGAACUUACCAUCCUCGUCAAGAUUUUGCCAGAACUACAAACGAUUGCGCGGAACAGGAACCUGCCAAACCGUGAGAACAAUAGUGUCGCUGAACGCAGUCUUGGUCAUCGUCAAGGCCUGGACGAAUCCAAGAAGCAGAUUGCAUAUGCAUUCCGACGAUUCUUUCGUGCCGUUUGUUCGUUCUUCCCGUGCUUGGUGCUCAGUUUGGACGAUAUCCAGUGGGCUGACACUGCAUCGUUGGACUUGCUCGAAUCGCUGGUUACGGACGACAAGAUUUCCAAUUUGGUUGUGGUCGGCUGCUUCCGCGCCAAUGAGGUGGACGAAACACAUCUUGUUAGUAAGAUGAUUAGAGAUCUCCAAGCCAAUGGAAACACGGAUGAAUCCUUUCAGAUCACUCAAGUCUCCAUUGGCAAUCUCGAACUACCGAACGUACGCCAAAUGCUCAUCGAAUUGCUCUCCAUGAAAGACUCGGACGAAGUUGCCGCUUUGGCACAGGUCUGCCACAAAAAGACGCAUGGGAAUGCCUUCUUCCUUGUUCAGUUCGUUUCUCACCUUCACGAAAAGGGCCUACUGGAAUACUCUUGGCGAUUGCUGAACUGGACUUGGGAUGUUCCAGCAAUCACGGCCAAGACUGGUUCUACUUCCAACGUGGUCGAUUUGCUCAAGAACAAAAUGGAAGAUUUGUCGAAUGAUAGCAUGGUCCGACUCCUUCCAAUUCUGGCUUGCAUGGGGUCGUCGGUGGAAGAAUCAACAUUGGCGGUUGUAUGGGAUGCCUGCUGCAAAGAUCAAGGCGAUCAUGAUGCACCACUUACAACGCUCUUAGCUACUGCUGUCGAGGAAGGUUUUCUGGAGAAACGUGGACAAUCCACAUACCAGUUUGUGCAUGAUAAGGUGCAGGAGGCUUCAUUUUCCCUAGUCGAUUCUGAACACAUGGUGAAGCUCAAGUCAACCGUGGGCAAGGUUCUGGCAGAGUUUGAUGAAACGGCUUUCGAGGUACAUCUGUUUGUCGCGGUCAAUCUUCUGAAUGAAGGAUGUGUGCCAACAUCUCUUCGUGAACGCAUUCAGCUAGCUUCCCUCAAUUUGCAAGCUGCAAAGAAAGCCGUGGUAUCAUCAGCCUUUGUCAGUGCUUCGAAAUAUGCAUUGGCAGGGAUUGAGCUCUUGCCGGCCUGCAAGUGGGGCGACGAGCACUACCAGCUGACAUUGGAACUCUUCUGUUUGGCUUCUGAAGUGCAGGGAUAUCUUGGCCAUGUCAAAUCAAUGGAGUACCACUGCGAUGAGGUGAAGGCGCAUGCUCGAUGCCUUUCUGACACUUUCCGUGUCCAGAAUGUGCUCCAAGAUAGUCUACUGAACAGACACCUCAAUGAAGAGGCAUUGGCGCUGGGACUGAAUCUCUUGAAGAAGCUAGGCCAUAACUUCCCCAAGGGACAAUGGUCCAUUAAAGCUGCAACCGUUGCUGGUAUUUUGAGGACGAAAGUGAGCAUCAGCCCAAAGUUCCCAGAGAGGAUCGAGUCCCUUCCAUCCAUGACCGACCCAAUGAAGAUUCAAAUCAUGCAUACCUUGGAUAAGUGCUGCACAGCGGCCUACCUUCUUAUGCAUGACAUCUUUGCUCUUCUGAUCUUCAAGAAUAUCCAGCUCACCCUCCGCUAUGGGCUAUCUCAAUAUUCCCCCCCUGCCUUUUCCUUCCUUGCCUGUAUCCUGGUUGGAGGGCUCAAUGAUUUCAACAAUGCAUCAAUGGUGGUAUCAUGUGCAGAAAAAAUGAUGGCCAAGAGCCGAAACACAGCAUCUCGAACUGCAUUCGUUUCGAGUUGUUUGGUCCUACCUUGGGUAGAUCCAUCACAGAACUGUCUGAAGAAAUUGGUCAAUGGCUACUAUGAUGGCUUGUUCACCGGUGACACUGACAGUUCUAUGUGGUGCAUCAACGUGUACAUUGGCAUUGGCUUGCAGUCGGGAAGGAACCUUGCUCUGUUGGAGGCGGAUUGUGCAAUCUACAUCAAGCAGAUGCAAGAAUUUGAGCGGGUGAAGAUUGCCAAAUUUACCCAAAUGUAUGCCCAGGUGAUUGCAAACUUGACACAGCAAUAUGAGUUUUCAGCAACAGAAGAGGCAUGGCCACUAGUUGGAUUAGAUGAGCAUCUCUACAAUGAUGACGACAUCAUGGUUGACUUGGGAAAGGAGUUUCAAAACCGAUUGUAUGCAAUACUCGGUGAGCACGCCGGUGGUGCAGAACUUUCGAUAGCAAGAGGAGACAGGUUUCUAAAGGGGGCUCCAGGGUGCUACCAUCAUAUCCCUGAUGCUUUCCAUCGGGGACUUUCCCUCUUUGCAAUGGCCCGGGAAACAAAGAAACGCAAGUACAAACGGCAUGCUCAGAAGCAAAGGGCACUCAUUGGGGCGUGGACCAAGAAAGGCAAUCCAAACACAAUCCACUACAAGCACCUUCUAGACGCUGAGAAUGCUGCUCUCAAGGGUCGCGUAUCUCAAGCAAAGGAAUUCUACCGGAAGGCUGUUGCAACGUCAUCCCGUGCAGGGUUUGUGCAUGAUGCUGCCUUGGCAUGUGAAAGGUUUGCAGAGUACUUGCUUCAUGAUCUGGAGGACAAAGAAAGUGCUGCUCUUCAAAUGAGGGAAGCCAUUCGCUUUUACGCCGAGUGGGGGGCCACCAGAAAAGUUGAUAUGGUGCGGAAUAAGUACCCCGAUCUGUUGCGUCCAAACUAGUUCCAUGCUGGGGAGUUUGAUUCCAAUCGACUUUCUUGAUGGCACGUACCGUAUACGCGUAAUCCAGCAACUCUAGAGCUCGUAUUUGUCUGAGCCAGCAUCUAGCUCGUAUUUGUCUGCUCGGGAUUAUGGAUUCUCAGAGUCGUAUCGUCACUUCCACCCUACCGGUACACCGAAUCGGCGAAGACGUCCUUCCACUUCAUGACCGGCCACCGACGGAGAGCUUCGGUUGAGGCUCCAAAAACUCCCUCGAGACUGCGGCGCUCGUAUCAACCUCUGACUAUACUACAACGUGCCUCAGCUUGGCUAUUCGGUGUGGAUGAGGGGGGCAAUCGAAUGCAACUCGAUCGCUCCAGUUCUUUACGAAUUUCAUGCAUUGCUUUUAUGAAGCGACUUUGCUUCCUCGCAAAUAAACGUAAAGGGAUCUGAUGUUUCUCGUUCAUAGAAAGACUCCUGGACGAAGACGGGAGCUGCUGCGCUCGGAUCCUGCUGCAAGACAACUUUUGUGCGGUACCACGAAAUCGGAGCUAGCUAGUAUCUUGAGAUGAUGUCAAAGACAAGCACGUGGCAACCGUCAUCCAACCCGCAGCCGCCACAAGAGGGCCCAAAGAACGACAGAACAAUGGUGAUGAAGCUGGGAGCCAGCCCGAGGGACUCUGGUUGUCAGCAUUGCAAGUUUUGGCGAACACGGGAUGCAGAGUGGGCAUUGGGAAGAACCGAAUCACCAAACUAAAACCCGGAGCCUGCCUCUUUCGCGACUGACAACCCCUACCGUGGUUGUCUGAGCUGCAUACAUGAGGAAUUUCUCGGUUUUAGUUUGGUGAUUCUUCCACUGCCUCUCAGCGACGGACGUGCCUAUACUGUCAUUGUCUCGAAAAAGCUGAAGCAACUGAAGAUACAUUGAACCGUAGCUACAACUAGCCCGCGUUUCUAUGCCAGGCAGCAGUGAACCUGGACUAUAAUGUAAAUGUCGUGAGUUUCUAUUAUGCUUUGCCCCUGAGAAAGGACU